AUAACGCCUCCGGUGCGGCGGGUAUCGAACCCGCUGCGUCCUGCUGCUUGGGGCGUGUUUACCCCGGUGGCGGCUCGCUAACCUCAGCGGGCUAACGAGCAGCUAGCGUUAGCCUAGCGAACCGAGAGCUAGCUGUCUUCCUGUUUAAUCCGCAGACGCGAGAUGAACAUGGAUGAAAACAACGACGCGUCGCAGGCGGAGAAAGUGAAAUCCCUGCUUCUGUCUCAGCCAACGCGGGGGUGUUAGCGGUCAGACUGUCGUGUCGUUAGCCAGCAUGGCAGCAGCAAGCUAGCUCCAUGUUGUUUGGCUCUUAUUUACCCUGUUACAGCUUAUUUCUGACACAUGCAUGUCCACUGUGGUGUUUAAAGACCGCCUCUCUGUGUGUCUAGUGCUCAUUCCUCCUGCAGGAGUCCGUGUGUUCAUGCAAAAUUAGCCUUCAUAGGGGAAUUCCUUCAUUUGUUACACCUGGGCCCCUUGUGUUUAUAAACCCGGGUGUGUAAGCUGCUGCUGCUUCUCGCCAGUAAAAAGGCUCAAACUGGUUUUCUGGGUCGUUGCUAAGAGUCGGUCCACAUGUUUCACUGGGUCUGGUGCUGGUGCCGGAGCUGGAGACGCGAGUUGUGCAGCAGCAGUUGUUUGUUGUGUUGGAGUAGAGACGGUGUCGCUGUGCGUCUGUUAGAAGAUCAGUCCCAGGAGCGAUGGUUCGCUUGUGCGCGUUCCCGAGCUGUGGCAACAAGAUGUCGCGGUACAGUGCGCGCAGCUUCCAUCGGUUGCCGCUGUCUGACGUGGAGACGCGGGGGUUGUGGCUGGCGGCGCUGGGGAUGGAUGUAAACACCCCGGUGGAGGCGCUGCGCUUCGCCGACCACCGGGUCUGCAGUGACCAUUUUGCCGGCGAUGACUACAGCGAACCAAAGAGGAAGAGAAAAGCUCCACCGAAGCAUGUUUUCCUCAAGAGAAAUGCGAUACCGAGGGUGGGGAGACCUGCUGCACACACAGUGGAGGUGAAGGAGGAGACAGAUGUUGAAUCCAUGGAGGCGGUUCCAGACCCUGAGCUUGUUCAUAGAUCUUCUCCAAGACUUUCUGAACAUGGAGAAGUGGACUACGUUCUCUUUUCUGAUAAAGAAUGUGAAAAAGAAACUGGGGCAGCUGUGAUCCCUUCUCCUGCAUCUGUAUCUCCUCUACAUCCAUCUGCUUCACAGUCGUCUUUCUCUACAAACCAAACUAUCAGAACAGCUUCGGAUCGUUGUGGAGAGUCAGGCAGCUCCUCGGAGUCUGGAACGGAAGGCACCGAGGUGAAAACUGAGGAAGAGUUUGAGAUAAAUGAACAAAAUGUUGUUGUAAAGUACAACAGCUUAGAGGAAGAUGCUGCAGAUGUGAAAGAAGACACAGAUAUGGAAACAACUUUAGAUUUCAAGGAGGAGAUAAUAAAAGAUGGAGACGAGGACCCAGGUGUUGCCUCUAAGGAGGAGAUUGACACGCAGCAGGAAAAUGAGCCGCAUGGCUGUAAACCGAGGGCUUCAACAACUGAUGACCUCGACGAGAUGAUGGACAUUGGUACAGUGGAUCAGGUGGAACAAGAAGCUCAGAUGAAAGUGGAGGAGCAACAGAAUAGUCCGACAGAUGAAGGAAACCGUUGCCCACCUGGAACUUCAUCUGAAGUGACAAUGGAGGAGGAAACUGAUGUGAAACCAACCAUAUUGACGCCUCCUCCAGCCGACGACCAAGCGGAGGACGUGAAAGUGGCUUUAGAUCGGAUCCAGUCCAGCUCGUCUCCCUCGUCUCCAACCACGGCCAGUACAGGAAGAGAGAGCUCAUCGCCAAAGGCUGUGAUGAAUGGGAUGAAAGUAUUUAACCCAUCACUACCAAGAAUAGACCCUGAGAGAUCACAGGCAGAUCCGUCGUCUCCCUCACCGCCUCUGGUCAAAGUGAAGGAUGAGCCUGUAGACGAGGAGUACGACCAGGCUCUGGUAUCUUCUGCAUUCACAGCGAGCGUGAAGGAUGAGCCGAACACUGCCAAGGAGGACUUGAGGAUCGGUUGUGUCUUCUCAGUGAGUCCAGCUGCUGAGACACAGACGCUUCCCACCGCCCAACCGUCGUCUUCGCACAUGUUGUGUUUCAACUGCAAGAAGAGCCUGAUUAAAGGACAGACGGCGUUCCAGAGGAAGGGCUCCACGUCUCUGUUCUGCUCCACCGCCUGCCUCACCACAUCCCUCCCUGCCGUCAAAGGAGCCACUAAGAUCUGCUACAACUGCCAAAAGGUGAUAAUUCGACCUCAGGAUGUCAUCCUGGCCCCGGAUGCUAAAGGAGUCAUGAAGGAAUUCUGCAGCCAAAACUGUUUGACCUCCUUCAACUACAAGAAAAACCCCUCCAGCUUCCGGAAACACGACUUCGCCAAAACAACACCGCAAGCAGUCGGACCACAGUCGCUCUGCAGCAUGUGCACCAGAUACUGCAUUAGCAAACACGAGGUGAUCCUGAGCGGCGCUGUCCACAAGAUCUGCAGCGACGCCUGCUUUAACCGAUUCCGUUCGGUAAACAACCUGUCCAUGGCUGGCUGUGGCAACUGUGGCUCCUUCUGCCACAGCAAACCGCUCAUGCUGAAGAUGGAGGACGGCAACAAAACUCUGUGCAACUCUGAAUGUCUGGCCAAGUACAAAGAGAAAACCAAGGUAACUCAGCCGUGUAUGAUGUGUCAAACAACCCGUUUGCUGGCAGAGACGAUUGACAACAAAAACGACGACGACUCUGUGAACCUCUUCUGUAGCAGCAGCUGUUUGAUGGCAUUCAAGGUCAAGACUGUCAGCGCCUCAGGUGCUCGGUUGAAUUGCGAUAGUUGUGGGAAGAACUCCGUACCGGCCUACCACCUCGCCAUGUCCGAUACUUCCAUCAGGAACUUCUGCAGGCUACAGUGUGUCAUGGCUUUUCAGGAGAAGUUCAAGAAGUCCCACAAACAUAUGAAUGUUUUCACCAAGUUGCCCAUUGAAUCCACGCAGAUCCAGCCGGUCACUCCUCCCCAACCUCAGCAAUUCUUCUCCAACGUGCCGCCGAACCUGGACUGCGCCCAGUGCGCCCGCAACAUCACGUUCAAACCCGAAGUCAUCCAGAUCAAGGACAAGCUGGUUUUUCUGUGCAGCGUGGAUUGUUCGCAGGAAUUCAAGAGGGUCAACUACGUGACGAGCCUGUGUGAAUACUGUAAAAUCGAGAAGAUCACCAGAGACGCCAAAACAAUAGACAACAAAGACUGCUACUUCUGCAGCGACGGUUGUAAGCUCCUCUUCAGACACGACCUGAGUAAAAACUGGGGGAAGCACUGUAACUCGUGUGUCUACUGCCACUGUGUCUCAAAGAAGGUGGUGACGGCUCAGUACGGAGGCUCGACGGAGGAGUUCUGCUCUGAGGAGUGCAGGUUCAAAUACACCAUGCUCUUCUGUCACGUUGCUAAGUGCGACACCUGUGGGUGCAAAGGGAAACUGAAGCAGAGUCUUCCUUUGCUGGGGGAGGUCAAACACUUCUGUGAUCAGACUUGCCUGCUGAAGUUCUGCAGUCACAAGGUGGCCACACAGGGCGAGGUGUUGAAAGGAACAGGUGAGGCCACACCCAUCAUUGCCAACGUCAUCUCACUUGCAGACCCUCCGACGGGAAAACCUGACGAUUCCGACAGAACUGCAGCUCAGCAAAGCACAGUCUCACAGACUCAAUCAAAGAACUCUGGACAUAUCAGUGUCCAGACUGAAGUGGUGAAACCUCCUCCUCCUCCUCCUGCUGCUGCUCCGAAAAUCCUGAAGAACAAGGCUCUUCUCUGUCGUCCCCUGGUGCAGAAUAAAGGGGUUUCCUGUAAAGCGCAGACGGCUGAUGUUGAAUCACAGACAGACGUUGCUUUCCCAGAAGUGAUGAUCCUGCCUGUCCCAGUUCCCGUGUUUGUUCCCGUACCCAUGAACAUGUACAGCCAGUUUGCACCCAAACCCGUGUGCCUGCCACUACCGCUGCCCGUGCCCAUGUUCCUUCCUGUGACGAUGGACAGCGCACAACGCAUCAUAGAGACCAUCCAGGAGAUCAAGGCAAAGAUCCCGUCUGAUCCUUUCGAGGCCGAGCUCAUCCUCAUGGCUGAGAUGGUGGCGGAACAAGAUGAGAACAACAAGCCGGAGCGACCGAAGGCGAAAGUGGUGGAGAAAAGGACGGAGAGACAAGACGCCCCUGAUGACCACACCAGUAACUUCAGUGACGAUUUGGACACAGAAGAAUUGACCAGUUUCCUCAACAACUGGGAGGACGCCUCCUCCGACCCGGGCCUCAGGUCGCCGAGUCGAUCGUACACGCAGGAGAAGCUCAACCCGAUGGUAGAGGUUCCUGCGGGGAUGCCCAGCGAGCCGUACUCCGAGCCCCCGCCUCCAGCUCCGCCUCCCAUGGACGUCGAAGCUGACUUCACUGUCGAAACACUGGAGAGGAUGUCCCGGCUCAGAGAGAAGGGCCCUCCAGCUCCGAGCCCCCCCCCUGCGACCUCACGACGACGACGACCAGGUCAAAGGAAAGCCCGGGAUAAAAGGGGUCGUAAGUCGCAGCGGUCCAAGGCAGCUGCAGCCGCAAAUCAGAAAGGCUCCUCCAACAAGGAUCUGCCUUUGGAAUUGCCAAAACUGAACAGUGAGUACGGACUUGACGCCUGGAAGCGAUGGAUCCAGUGGAGGCAAACUCAGCCCAACGUAGAGAAACCGCGCAUCGGCUCUCGUCCCAUCGAGCUGAAGGAGGAUCUCCUCCGAUGCACCACAGCUGAGCUGAGCUACGGACUCUGCUGCUUCAUCACUGAGGUGAAACGACCAAACGGAGAACAGUACUCACCCGACAGCAUCUUCUACCUCUGCCUCGGCAUCCAACAGUACCUGUUUGAGAACAGUCGAGUGGAGAAUAUAUUCAUGGAUCGCUUCUACAACAAGUUCUCCACUGAGUUCACGACUAUGCUGAGAGCUUUCAAACCCCCGGUCACAGCCACUGGUUACAUCCAUUCCCGUGUGGAGGAGGAGUAUCUUUGGGACUGUAAACAGUUGGGGGCGUACUCCCCCAUCGUCCUCCUCAACACCCUGCUCUUCUUCUGCUGCAAGUACUUUGGCUUCGCCGCGGUGGAGCAGCACCGUCAGCUCUCCUUCGCCCACGUCAUGCGCUGCACCAAAACCAACCUGGACAACACCAAAACCAUUUUCCUGCGCUUCUACCCGCCCAUAUCCAUAAAUGAAGCAGAGCCAGAUCCAGAGGUUCCGUCUAAGAAGCGUAAGGAGGACGAGGCUAAAGAGGAAAUCCUGGAGAUGGUGGAGAACACGGAAAACCCUCUCCGCUGUCCGGUUCGACUCUACGAGUUCUACCUCUCCAAGUGCUCGGAGUCGGUCAAGCAGCGCACCAACCUGUUCUACCUUCUUCCCGAGCGCUGCUGCGUCCCCAACAGCCCCCUGUGGUUCUCCUCCUCCGCUCUGGACGACACCACCAUGGAGGCGAUGCUCACCCGCAUCCUCACCGUCAGAGAACUGCAUCUCAACAAGAGCAAAGAGGGAGAGGCUGAAAAGAACACACCCAAGGAUCCACCGUUUAUACCUGAAGAGGAGGAAGAUGGGGAUUCGGAGUGAUGGAGACAGAUGACAACAGAAGUGACCUUUUAUUGGUGUAGCGAUUUGUGGUGUAAAUGGUUGUAGAUUUAACUGAAAUGUUCAUUUAACCACGGUCCCAUAAACAUAAAUGGACAAUACACACAACUAAAAAGUGCUGAACAGCGAAGAAAGUCAUACUUCAUGAACAGGAUUUGAAGAUAUUCAAACACAUUGCGUUUGUGUAGCUGGGACUCGGAAGCUGAACUGAACUCAGACUGAUUCAACAGGACACAGCUGAACUUUGCGUCUCAUGAUCAAUGCCACUGUCGUCUCCUUCCAACAUGUAUCAUAAUUCUUUAAAUAACUUUGCAAAUCGGACUGAAGUUUUUUUUCAGUAAAACAGCUAUUUCCUCUGAGAGAGAUUGAAGUCUACAUUGAAGAGCAGUGAAAAAACAUUUAGAUUUCUGUUGUUGUUGUUGUUGUUGGUAGUAAACAUCUGCACCAGGAGACAAACCCUCUGAUGUUGAUCACCAACGUUCAUCUUGUGCAGGAAGCCCACAGGACAGUUUGAUUUCUAAUAAACCAUCGGUGCGGUGAUUCGUUGCAUAUUACACUACUCUGUGCAUAGCUGUUAUACCAGGAUUGUUCCUGGUAACUCAGAAAAUUGUGAGUGUAUUUUUUUGUUUUGUAACAUCUGAUGGUUUGAUUUUCCAAGACGCCGCGGCAAACCUCCCAUAACCGUUUGUCCAUAUCUGUGUUCUUCAGGUAAUUUUAUUUUGAAAGGUUUGCUCAUCUGAUGGUAACUUACAGGAAGAAUCAAACUGUUUUCCUUUCACCACAUCUGUAGAAGUGAACAUACGUAUGAAAACAUUUUUUUAGAUCAUUAUGAAAACACUUUAAAAAAUCAGAUUAAUGUAUCACUCAUCUUGUAAAAAGGCUGAAGACUCGUAUGAUGUGGAAAAAAUGCACAAUUUUAACCUAUUAGUUUACUAAACACAAAAUACUCUUUUUUUAAAAAAAUUUUUUUAGCUCAUGUUAGUUGUGUUAUUUCAUCCAAAGCAAUCUCUUGAGACAUUCACUCUUUGCGUAACCAUCAGACUGAAAAAUGUAAAAAAUAAAGAAAUACUGUCCCUUCAUGUAUAUCUUGGUUAUAUUAACCCCCACUCUGAAGAGUAUGACUACCAAGGUUCUCUUUAGUAUUUUCUAUUGUAUGUUCUUUUUAAAUAAACAACAUAAAAAUA